AUGGGCUUGAAGGUUCAGAGCCCUCCCUGCUUCCUGCUCUCGCUGCACUUCCUGCGUGGUGGGCUGCAAUCAGGUAACCUGCAGCCACGCCAUCCGGGAAAGCAUCCACAAUGGCAUCUGAAACCGAAAUGUAAGCAAUUUUGGCUGACUUAUCCGGGCCUGAAGAAGAGACGGUAUAGUGCGCCCUACCCUAUGGGUAUUAGGCCACCAGGCCACCAGGCCACCAAGCGCCUCCGAAGAACUGUGUUCCCAGGCUAUGGAAGCCGAUGCCCCCAGGCCACCCCUCUCAUGAAGCGGGAGGCAGCAGCACAAGUGCAGCGCUCUAGGUCCAGGUCAGGGAGACCUACCUAUGCAGCCAAUCAGCCGGAAGACUGUGUAGCUCAUGAGUGGCUGGUGGCAGACAAGCUCUUUUUCCCCCCCCUCCCCGCAACACUUGCUUCUGGGUGCGAACACCGCCACGCCGAACCCCGCCUGGGCCACUUACACUGCACCGCACCGGUGAAUUUUAUUCCUGACUUUGAGCAGCUGGACACUCCUGUGGGCAGUCCCACGGCAGUGUUGGCCGAUAGUUUCCCCUUUAUCAUUAUGGCUGCUGUUAUCCGGAUGCUUCUGGGAGUGCUAGGGAUUGAACUGUGGGUGCCAGAACUUCCAAAUGCCCCGGAACGGACUCCAAGCGCUUACAAACAGGAAAAAGCUGCAAGAAUCAUUCAGAGGGCCUGGAAAACUUUCGUUAAUGUUGCCGUAUUCCAGCAUUUUAAAAGUCUGAUUGACUUAAGAUGUCAAGGGGAGCCACGGCAGAUAGUGAGGUACAUUAACCCUAAAGAGGCAGAACUCCUAGAUGCUGCAGCUGGCAUUCAAGUCCGAUUCAGACUGGGUGGGGUUAAAUUCCCACCCGAGAUAUACUAUAAAAUUUUCACUCACAGACCUAUUGAAGAUCUGUGCGCUAACAGCCCUAAAGAUUACACAAAUCUUCCGGCAAGAUACACAUCUCAUAAUAAAGAUGACCCACCUCAGGUUGAGGACCGAAGUGGCUGGUAUCGCCGUGUAGAGAACAACGGCUGGAGGCCUGUUUCCCACAGAUUUUGGAUACCAAUUGAAAAUCAAGUGUUGGAAAGCAAAAAGGAAAGUGAAUUUCAUUUCUCUAAACUGAAGAGAAAGCAAGACAUGGAAAAGAAAAGAAAAAUUAAAAAAGUUGAGUGGAUGAGACAAAUGUACUACAUGGGAAGCCUGGAGGCCAAGGCGGCACAUCAGGAGACUCUGGGUCUAAUUCACAAAGCAACGAAAGGACUAAUCAAGACUAUCGAACAUGGUGGGAUAGAUUCUGUGAUGGAAUGGGAAGUAGAUGAAGUGCUGAAGUGGACAAAUACACUCAACUUUGAUGAGUAUAUUGCUCAUUGGAAAGAAAUUGCUACAAGCAACUCUUCAGCUAACUUAAAAGAUGCCAAGCUUGAGCGAAUACAGAAAAGCCUGUACCACGCCCAUGGAGAUGGAUCAGAGGCGGGAAUAGAUGUUAACAACGAGCGUACUAACUAUGAAAACGUCUACUACAAAAGGCCACAGUUCACUAGCCUAAAAUCCGAUUCCACGUUUGGGAUGUAAGCAUAAAAGAUUUCCUUUUCUGAGCAAUGGCCCCUCAAGCACAUUUUUCAGUUACAGCCAAGAGACUACUCAUUCUGAAUACAAUGGCUUGUGUAUAUGUGACUUACUUCUAAUUAAGAAGGGCUGAAGAAAUACUACACUGGGCAGUGUAUAGUUCUUGUCCUGAUAAAC